AUGUCAGCUAGAUAUAACUUGUCGGAGGAGGGCAAAGAAGACAGCUCCGACGAAGGCGACCAUGAGACGUGGUCCCCAGGGAAGAGGGUGUCGAGAACGCGGCAUUAUUCCUCUUGCAUACUUCGGCAGGCCCUGCCAACAACAUCCCCUAUCAAGCUAAGGCAUUGCCAGCAGACAUCGAACUGCAACGGGGAACCCGACGAAGAACAAGAUAGCCGAAACGACAACAGCACUCAUUCGAAUACGUCGGAACAAUCCACUUGCAGCGGGACGUACAGCAGCGACGAAGAGCCAGCAAGCAGGAGGAAGAACAUUUGGGGCGGAGAUACUGGGGCCACAAUCAUGGCGGAACGAGGACAACAUCAUGGUGACGAUGGCGACAUCGCUCUCGUUGCUGCUCCCGUGCACGCUUCCUCGCCUCUGCUAUCAUUGCCGGGACCACCUAGUCCGAGGUCUCGUAAGCAAGCGGGGAAAGUGCUGGGAUCAUCAGCGGUGAUGAAUAGGGACCACACCUUGUCCGUAUCUUCACAGGCGCGGGAUCCUGCCCCGUUGAGUCCCUCUCCUCAGCCUGUUGCCGUAUUCCGCUCAAGAAACAGCAACUACACCCCAACCUCCCAACCCAAUCAUCACUCGUCCACUGCGAUUCAUGAACCGCGCGCCCGAUGCGGUUGCCGCGGACUCACUGUGCGUGUUGAUUCUGGUCCUCUUGGCCUCUCCCUCGAGGCCAGCUACCGAGUGGGGGAGACUCUUGUGUUGAAACAGGCGUGGAGUGACUGUGCCGCAGACAGUGGGAUGUUCGCGCACUCCAUGCUUGUAUCAAACGUACCUGGGAAGGUGGACGACGACCAAGCCAGGGUCUUGGAUCCAUGGCUCGACGGUAGAUUGUCAUCGUCGGGCCUCAUCAAGGUUCGGGCGGUAGGCCUCGAACGUGACCACGCGACGAUGACCGUCCGCACCCGCCAAGGCAACAUCCUCAACGGAGCGCCUUCUCCUCCAAGUGAAUCACGCGGGAGAGUCGUGGGAGUCCUCGAGCUGGAUGAAGGAGAUAUACUUGUUCGGGUGGAUAACGUGCAGCCGCCAAACGCCUCGUGCGUUGGUCGGCUGGUUUCGAGUCCUUCGCCAAAGAUCGAGACCGAAGCGGACGGAUGUCCAGUGGCGGUGAUACUGCGUGCACGACGGCAGCUCCGAUCGGGCGGUAUGGAGCAGUGGUACGAGGCAGUAGCAUCAAGAAGGCGCCUUUGGCAGAGGCUGCUGAGAAAUCUCUCGCCAGACUCUCACUCGGAUCGGGCAAAACUCCGGAAACUGGUUGUUUGUUCGCGCUCGGCGGAUGGGCAUGCCUUAAAAGGGCUUGUCAAGUGUAAACUCAGGAACAACUAUCAGCGCUUGAUCAGCAGCCGGAAGGGCCUGCGCAAAAGCAGUAAUACUGAUGGUUGCAACAAGGCCAAGAGAGCAUUGGCUGCCAAAGUGUGGAAGGACGUCAAUCGUACCAUGUCGCCGAGACGCCACGGGGCGCGCCCUGGAUUUUUUUCGGCCUCUCAGUUGGGCGGCGGAGGACAUGUAUGUCCGGCGCACUUCGCGGGAGGGUCCAAACACGCCGUGUUCAGAGUCGCCUUUGCCACGGCAUCCACGCUGCAGUUCGUGUCCGGCAUGAGCUACAUGGCAGCGCUGGUGCUCGUUCAAGAGCCAGUGGAAGCCAUGGCUUACGCGACGUUGGUCACCUUGCUUCAGGCUCUGUUUCCGCUAGGCGACGUCGAUCUCCUCGACGCGUACCACUUGUGCGGCGGUCGUGUGGUGACGUUUCGCGCGUUCGGUGCUGCUCGGAGCCCAACGCCCUCCGAAGCUGCUGCUAGGGGGGAGAGCGGUGAUGGUCAAUAUCCGUUUCCUGGCCAGGGACACCUACGCAUGGCGGAAGGAGAUACCCGUUCCAAAGUGGUCAGCGCCGGUUCUCUCCGGAAGGACAAAGCCACCACGAUACGCGACACCGAUGGUGCGGACAGGGCCUGUGGAUGGGAAAUAGGCGAACUGGAGGAAGAGGUGGUCGUGGACGAGAUGCUGCCGCGGCUCGUGCGCAUCUUCGGGAAGGCUUUGAAGCGACGGUUGCCAGCACUUCAUGGUCACCUGUGCAAGGAGGCGGUUCCGAUGUCGUUCUUGUGCGCGGAGUGGUUCACCACGGCGUACGCGCGCAAUACCCCCCUGCCCCUCGCGCUCUGCGCCCUUGACCUGUUCCUCGUGCGUUUGGACGACGUCAUGAUCCGGUUGGGCCUCGCCAUCCUCGAGGUGUUAGCACCGUCCUUGAAAACGCUGAACGGGUUGGAAAUCUUGCUACAGUACGGAAACCUCACGGCAAACGUUUCCUUUCAAGAGGUGCUGCGGUGUGCGCUGGCCACGCAGGUGAGCGCCGAACAUGUGUUCGAUGCGCAAUGUGGCAUGUUCUUCGCGGUGGGCGAAGUCUGA